CCACCGGCAGGCUCACAUGGUCGUCAUCUCUUCCCACAUUCCGCUGCGCUCCAGUUCUUCUUCUUCUUCUUUAAGGGGUUUUGUGCCCUUUUUCAUGAAGGAAUCUGCGGCGAUUUCGAAUCCCUAGGCUUGGAUCCGAGUGUACUUUCCUCAAAUUGCAAAAUUUCUUGAAUCGCUGAGUGAACUGGUGCUGGAAUUGGAAAAGUUUUGGGACAAAUUUGAGGAUGUGGCAUGGGGCUUCGAGGGGGGCGAAAUGCGUCUAAAUCUUAGGUUGUAUUCAACGAAAAAGAGCUCUGUUCGUCUCGAAAUGUAAGCAGAUGCUCGGAUAUGGACGUCUGUGAAUUUCUCAGCGCCAGGGAAACUCGCUCUAGUCGUGGUGGGUUAUCAUCUUAGAUUUAUGUCGUGCCAUAAAAGUCCAUGGUUGAUGGAACCCCGCUUGAAUGCUUGAUGACUGAACCCCCAACAAAUGUACAUCCUUAUCGGUUGGGGAUGGAGACUUGACCCAACGUCUUUCUUUUGCGAAUUUAUUUAGGUUUUCCCUUUUUCUCUCAUAACUUGAUGGGAGACAGUAAAAGGAGCGUGCUUGUUUGAGUUUUGAUGAACUCACGUGUAAUUAUUGUCCUUGAAGACUUGGAGAAGAGGGGGCACUGCAUGUAAAGUUUCCAGGCGGUUGCAUAAGCAAGAAAAAAGAGGGAAGAUGUGCAAAAUAAGACGAUAGCUUUCUCCUAUGUGAGAUGUUUAUGAGUUUGGGCCGGUGGCUGUUAGGCAAAAGUCUUCCACUAGUCUAAAUCAUAAAAGAGAAUGACAUUCAGGAACCAGAAGUAUCCCCUCCAUGGUUAGUUCUGUUGUUUUUCCUGCUUGACAACUAAUCAAAUGGCAACUGAUGUUGAUGAAGCUUAUCAAGGAUGGUCUCAGGAGCUCUCUGAUGGAUAUGAGUCACAUGAAAUUCCAGCAUCUCAAAUGCUUGAUCACGGUUCCAUUUCCUUUGGACGAUUUCCAAUUGAAACAUUGUCAUGGGAAAGGAGGUCAGUUUUUACUCACAACAGAUGUCAGGAGGAACUAGAGAAGUUCAAUGGUCUAGUUGCAAAAAAGAAAGCCUAUUUUGAAGAGCGUUAUAGAAGGAUUAGAGCAAGGAAAGCUGAACAGAAUCAGCAAACAGAGCUUACACUGGAUUAUAGUGGUGAUUGUAGUAUUUCUAGUCAAAGUGGAGAAGAAGAUGCAGCAGCUAUACAAUAUGAAAACAUUAGAGAUGGGAAAGACUACAGUGUUCAUUCUUCCACAGAAGAAGCUGAACCUGGAACAACCUAUGAACAAGAAAUCAGCCAUAGUGAGCCACUUCAAGAAAGAUGCUUAUGUCCAGAUUCCACACUGCCUAAUCUUACUUUGCGGAUAGAAGUUUUGGAUAGCCCUAAGCAAACUAAGAACUCUGACAAUAUGUUGCUGGUGCAACCAUUCGAGACUCCAUCACCAUUGCGUCAUACUGAUGAUUUAGAGGAGAAAUCACAGUUUAGGAGCAAUCUUGACCAUAAAGAGGUCAUGCAGAAACCACAGGACAAGGUAUUAGAUCUGAAGCCCAGAAGAGUUGCACAAGGGACAACACUAGAUACGAGCAAAUCAAACUCUCAUCAGUCACAAUCAAUUGUCAAAUCCCUGGAUUAUAAAUCAAUUUCCCACGUUAAGGACCUUGCUUCAGGUAAAAACAUCAGAGGAGAAACUAAGGUGAAUGUGGUUCAGUCAUCAAAGGGAAUAAGAACGACAUCAAAGAUGGCUAGUCAAACUCCAAUCAGGGCAACAACUUGUACGGUCAAAAGCUCUACUAGGCCUACCUCGGUCGCUUCAAGUAGACCACAUAUAGAAACACACACUAUAUUAACUACCCCAGGUCUGUUUACACUUGUAAUGGAAAGAAGAGCAAGCAAAAGAGGAAGUACAGAAAAGCUGACCUCUGGGGGCUCAAACUUGCAUGCAUCUAAGCCAAUUCACCCUAAGGAUAGUUCAAGUUCACAGGUCAUGAUGAACAAAGACGUUGCAACAAAUGGAUUGACAAAGAGAAGACCAGAAGUUAAAAGGGACAAAAAAGGAGUAAGAAGUAUUCCCUUGGCAGUUGAUAGUCGGUCUAAUAGCUUGAAGCGAACUCAGGCACUUGUUGCACCACCCAAGUCAAGGUCAGUUAACCUUCCUUCUCGGACCAAGCUUACAACUUGUGUCAGAGUUGAGACCCAGAUUCAAACAACCAAAGGAGCUAAACAAAAAGAGGGAAAUGCCAAAGACAGACAGUUUCAACAAAUCGAUGCAAAGAUAGCUCCUAUGGUAUCUAGGAAUCUGACAGCAACUAAGAAGCCACUCAUCACUCAACAGACGCAUUUAUCUCAAGGAGGGAGGCAAUCAAGGAUGGUUGAUGAUCUAUCCGUUGACGGGAGAAAGACAAGGAGAUCAGAGACACCAAAAUGGCGAUAACCUGAAUGUUUGUGAGCCACCUGAAGUAAAACAUCAUCUGUCAUGCACGCCUCCUGUUUUAGGGGGGACCUUGUAGUAGCUUAGCUAGUCUAUACAACCGUGUACAAAUAUGUGACAUAUUUGUCUCCUUGUAGAGGAUCUUGUAUUCGCACCUAAAUUCAUGUUCCCCAAUAUAAAACUUGUUGACAGUC